AUACUCGCCAAGGUCGCCGAACAGGAGAAGGCCGAUAUUGUUAUUGUGGGCAAGCAGGCCAUCGACGACGAUGCCAACUCGACGGCGCAGAUGACGGCGGCCAUCCUCAACUGGCCCCAAGCGACCAACGCCUCGAAGGUGGAGGGCCAGGGCGACGGCUCGCUACUAGUCACUCGGGAGAUCGACGGCGGCCUGGAGAACAUCAAGUACAAGCUGCCCAUCGUCAUGAGCGCCGACCUGCGUCUCAACGAGCCUCGAUACGCCACACUUCCCAACAUUAUGAAAGCUAAAAAGAAGCCCAUUGACAAAAAGUCCCCGGCGGACCUCGGCGUUGACAUUACGCCUCGAAUUGAGGUGCUCUCCAUGGAGGAGCCCGCCAAGCGAGAGGCCGGCGCCAAGGUGAAGGACGUCGAUGAGCUGCUGAGCAAACUGAAGGAGUUGGGAAGGAUCUAA